AAUCAAAAGCGAACAAGGAAGUCUAGCACUGAGGACUGGAUGUCAGGCUAAAUAAAAAACUAAAUACAUCUCAGCUGAUUGUAGUUAUCUGCUCGUCAGCUGUUCGCUACGCCGGCGUGACAAGAUGUUUAAAAAACUAAAACAGAGGAUAAACGAGGAGCAGUCACCGCAGAGGAAUGCGCAGUCACCACAGCAGGCCCAGAUGGGCACUGGAGACCGGCGCAGCAGCCAAACCCCGUCUUUUGAUGGCUCACCCUCUCCCAGUGACAGAGAGAGUGCCUCCAAAGCACCAGCAAGAUCUCCCAGAGGUAGCAUCAAUGGGGAUGGAAGUGCUUCUCCUCAAAGAGAGGAGACACAGUCAUUUACCCAGAAACUGCAGUUGAAAGUUCCUUCAAUGGAGUCAUUGAUUCGUGGUGGUGCCAGUCGAGCAGAAAGCCUGUUCCGCUCCCCCUCCAAAGAAAACCUGGUUCGAAGCUCAUCGCGUGACUCCCUGACACCUGUGGGAGAAAACGAGUCCCCGGGCGGCCCCACAUACGAUCCCCCCUCAGAUAUUGAAAGCGAGGCUGAGGAGCCACCUGGAAGUGUAGAGUCCCUUUCCAAAGAGCAGUUGUUGCACCGAUUGCUUAGAGUGGAGAGGAGCCUGGGGAAGUACAGAGGGAAGUACUCAGAGCUGGUUACUGCGUAUCGAACAGUACAACGAGAUAAAGAAAAGACACAGGUCAUCCUCAGUCAGAGUCAAGAUAAAGCUCUCCGCAGGAUAGGGGAGCUGCGGGAGGAGCUUCAAAUGGACCAGCAGGCUAAGAAACACCUCCAGGAUGAGUUUGAUGCUGCGCUGGAGGAGAAAGACCAGAUGAUCACUGUACUCCAAACACAGGUUGCUCUGUUGAAGAAACGUGUCAAGGGUGUAUCUGACGGCACUGUGCCACCUGAGGGAGAUGUUCCUCAAUCUGAAGAUGCUUCAGACUCUUCCACACAAAGUCCUUUGAAUGAGCAAGGACACGAGCCUGAAGUCUCUGAGGGAGAGGGCAACAGUGAUCCAACCAAACUUAUGGAGGCUCUGCAGAAGAGAGUGAAGAGGCAGGAAAACCUGCUGCAGAAGUGCAAAGAAGUGAUGCGGACUCACAAGGAGCGGAGCGCUCAGCUGGGCACCGAGAAUGAAACUCUGCAGGAGCAGCUGCAGGAGAGACUGCAGGAGCUGGAGAAGAUAAAGGAACUGCACACAACAGAAAAGACCAAGUUGAUCACUCAGCUGCGCGAUGCCAAGAACCUCAUUGAACAGCUGGAACAGGACAAGGGAAUGGUCAUUGCUGAGACAAAGCGCCAAAUGCAUGAGACAUUGGAAAUGAAAGAAGAUGAGGUUGCACAGCUACGUGCCAGACUCCAGCAGGCUACUGCCCAGAAAGAAGAAUUACAGGAACAGAAAGAAAAAGCAGAGAAAUCAGCAUUUGAAGAACUUGAGCGGGCAUUGGGUGUAGCUCAGAGGGCGGAGGAGGCCCGAAAACAGCUGCAGGUUCAGCUGGAGGAGCAAGUGAAAGAAGUUGAAAGGGUCAGUGAGGAAGAGAGGAAGAGUCUGCAGCAGAAGCUCACACGAGUCAAACAGGAGGUCGUCGCCAUCAUGAAGCAAUCAUCAGAGGAAACGGUGGCCAAUCUGGAAAAACUCCACAGUGAAGCUUUGGCUGCUAAAGAAGAAGAGACAAGUGCCAGAAUCAACAAAGCUGUGGAGCAAUGCAAAGAGGAGUUUGCCCAGUUAGCCAAGGAGCGAGAACAGCAGGCGUCUCUGGCUCUGGAGGAUUUAGAGUUACAGAAGACGGCUCUGAGGGCAGAAGCUGAUAACAAGGUUAAAGACAUACAGUUGGAACUGGAAGCUGCAAAAACUAGAAUAUUGGAGCUGGAGAGCUCUCUGGAGAUCGCACAAGAUGGAUCAAGCAUGUCCAAUGAACUCUCCAGUCAGUUGGAUGAGCUGAAGGAUAAACAUAAAGAGCAAAUCUCUGCAUUAGAGGAAAAGCACCAGGAGCAGCUGGAAAAGCACAAGGGCACCCUAACCCAGCAGCAUAAUGCUGCUCUUGAGGAGCUCAAGGAAAAACACAGCGUUGAGAUUGAGACCCUUCUGAAAGAUAAAGAACUGCAGUUCCAAACACAUGUUGAAGACAUGAACCAGAAAACUUUAGAGAAACUGGAUGCAAAGCAGGCAGAGCUGGAGGCAGUUUCUGUUGAACUCUCUGAGGCUUUGAAGAGUAAACAGCUCCUGGAGGAGAAGUUGGUGGCAGCUGAAGAUGCUAAUAGUUUAGCUCAACAGGACCAUGAGAAGAGGUUUCAAGAUUGGGAGGCAAAGCACAAUGUAGAACUUGAAAAUAUCAAACAGGAGCACGAGCAGUCACUCGGAGGUAUAGAGAAAACUCUGAAGGAGGAACUUAAUGCAUUGAAGAUUGUCCUGAGGGAAAAGGAAAAGGAUAUUGAGGAGCGCAUCCUUAGAGAAAACACGUUACAAGAAGAAUCACAAGAGUUAAAUGUCAAGGUUAAGGAAUUGGAGGAGCUGCAGCAAUGUUUAUCACAAUCCCAGCUUGAAAAUGUGAGCUUAAAGGACUCUAAUGCACACUUGAGCAAGAUCUCAGAGGAGUUUGAUCAGUGUAAGAAGGAUUUGACAGAUUUGCAGCAUCAGUUGGAAAUAGCAAAGAAUGAUUGUCAACAAAAAGAGAAGUCACUUCAAGAAUUAGAGCAGCAGUUACAACAGAGCAGAAAGGAGCUGUCAGAGCAGGAGAAGUCAUUUACUGCAGAACUGAACAUGAAGCAGGAAGAACAAACAAACCUCAAGAAACAGCUAGAUGAUGAAAAAGCCGCCCAUGAGAAGAAGAUGAAAAACACUAUAACUGAGAUGGAAGCUAAGCUGAAAUCACAGGAAACAAAAAUGGAAAAGUUUAAACAGAAGGCCAAAGACAUGCAUGAGAGCUUUAAGAAAAAGCUUCAGCAGAAUGAAGAAAGCAUGAAGAAGGAACUUGCAAAGAAGGAGAAAGAGCUUCAGGAGAAAGAGCAACAAGUUCAAGAGAAAAUUGUGGAAAUGGCCCAAAAAAGUUCCCAAGGCCUCAGUAGUGCAAUGUCUGAGCUGCAGGCCAACCAUAAGGAGGAACUGGAGAAGCUACAUGACACCCAUAAGCAUGCGAUUGAGGAGCUGGAGCAUCGUUGGCAGGAGAAGUUAGGACAGCAGGAGGAAGAGUUAACGGAGAAGCACGGGCACACACUACAAGAGAAGGCUCAGGAACUGGAGGACAUUUCUCAGCAACUGAGCAGAGGCAAAGAGGAGAACGAGCAGGUGUUGUGUGAAGUAAAAGAUUUAAAGGAGGACCUGGCAAUUCGAGAAACCACCGUGCAGAAGCUGCAAGAAGAGCUGAACGAAGCAGCGGUUAAGCUUGAAAGUUUGUCCCAGGCCGAGGCGUUGCUCAAAGAGCAAAUGGAGUCAGUGGAGAGGAACCUUAACCAGGCUCUGAGUGAGAGGAACUCCCUCCAAGACCAGCUUAAUACAACAAAGGAAGAGAACAGAGAGAAGUUAAAGACCUUGUCAGAUAAGCUGCAGGAAACAGAGAUGCAUCUUAAAGCACUGGAAGGUUCCACGUGUAAGGAAAGUGAGGACUUGCAGAAGAAAUUUGAGGAAAAUGUCGUUCAGCUACAAGCCGUUAUCCAUACUAAAGUAGAAACAAUUUGCACAUUAGAGGAGAAUCUCCACCAGCAGACGGAGGAGAAUAAGAAUCUAUGCAUUUCAUUAGAGCAGAUGACUGCUCAGGUAAAUGCUCAUACUGAGCAUGUCAAAGCCUUAACACAAGAGAAGGAGAAUCAUUGUCAAGCUCUCAGUGAGAAAGUUCAGAAAAUUGAGGAGCUGAGUGAAGCAAAUAGAAUCAUAUCAGAAAGUAUGAAAACAAAUGAGUCACAUAUCAGUAACUUGGAAAGCAUCAACAGUGACUUGAAAAAUCAGCUAGCAAGUAGCAUAAAAGAGAAGGAGAAAGCCAUAAAUCAGCUGAACCAGCAGUAUAAAGAGGAGAAACAACAGGCUGCUGAGAUCACAGAGAGAUUAGAGCAGGACAGAAAGUCUGCAGUAGAGCAGGCGGACGCACUCAGGAACAGUCUGUCUGAGUCUGAGAACAAGGCAGAGACCAAGUUCACCCAGUAUGACAACACUAUCACAUCUCUGCAGACCAGACUUGAAGAGCUGGAGCGAGAAAUCUCUGAAAAGAAUGAUGCUCUGCAAAGGCUGACAGCAAGUAUUGACAAUCAGUCCAUCAGCAAGUCUGAGAUGGACCAGGUGUUGAGCGAGAAAGAGCAGAGGGUCAGCGGACUUACCUCGGAGCUGGAGAGCUGCUUCAGUCGCCUUGGUGAGCUUCAGGACCAGUUAGCCUUAAAGACAAAAGAGUGUGAACAACUCACAGCUGACCUCAAACAGCAACACAGCAUCAGGGAGAAUGAGAAGAGAGAGUUUGCAGAGCAGCUGCAGCAGACCCAGAUGCAGCGCACUCAGAACGGUAUUUUGGAGCAGGAGAUGGUCGAAAAACUACGCUCGCUUGAGGAAGACAACCAAAAGUGUAAACACAAGCUUGAGAGUCAAAAGGAGGAAUUUGAAAAGAUGAAAGAUGAGAUUUCCAAGAGCAAGGAGGAGAGCCUGAAGGCAACUGAGAAGAUGUCUGCAGAGAGUGCUCGGAAAGUUUCAGAGCUGAAGAAGAAGGCUGAGCAGAAAAUCGCUCAGAUUAAGAAACAGCUAACCUCGCAGCUCGAGGAAAAAGAGCAGGCGAUCAGGGCUCUUCAGAGCAGCCUGGAGGAAAUCAAGAGCAACGAAACGUCCGGCAAACAACACGCAGAGACAUUAGAAGAGAAAACAAAAACACUGGAGGAAGCUCUUGCCACGCUUAAGGAAGAGCAAGAGAAACAAGUUAAACAGAUUCUGAGUAAUGAGAGGCUAGAUAAAGACAGGUCCUUAGAGGAACUGAGAAACAUGUACGAAGAGAAGCUGUCCUCGCUUCAGACAGAUGUAGCACAACAAGGAGAGCUCAAAGAAGCUGAAUCAGCAUUGCAUGAAGUCAAGGCAAAGCUAAAAGAAGCAGAAGAGCAGAAUGGAAACCUUCUUGCGGAAAUAAAUAAGCUGAAAGAAGAAAUAUGUGAGAAGGAUGCUCAGCUCGAUCAACAUCAGGCAGCUAUUCAGCAGGUCCCAAAUCCAUCACCGCCCAGGGCUGAGAUGAUGGUGGAGUGUAGCAGCAUCCAGCAAACCAGGAGCACGAUGCAAAACCACUCUCCGAUGGAAGAAGAGGACGGUGAUUCUCUAGAGUCUCUCAAGAGCAGCCUGAGUCAGGUGAGGAACGAGAAGGAGAAAAUCCACAAGGACUUCUCCAGGCUGCAGAAAGACAUGCGACUACUGAGGAAGGAGCAUGAGCAGGACCUAGAAUACGUGAAGAAGGAGUUGUUAGAGGAGCAAGAGAAGAAGCUAAAACUGGAGUUGGAAGAUGUGGAAAUGAAGCACAAUUCUGCUAUCAAGCAGUUAAUGAGGGAGUUCAACACACAGAUGGCUUUGAAAGAGACGGAGCUCGAUAAAGCAGUGAAGGAGACCAUUGGCAAGGCCCAGAGUGUAGAGUCGGAGCUCAUCAGUAGCCAUCGUGAAGAAGUCAGCCAGCUGAGGAAGCUGCUUUCCCAGAAGGAGGAUGAUUUGCACAAAACUGUUCAGACGUAUGAACAGGUUAUACAGAGUCGAGAGGAGGAGAUGGGAGACAGAGUGUGGCAGGUCCAGAAGGAACUGGAGGAGUUGCAAGGAAGGAGCCAUGACACUGCUGAGAUGAGCACAGAAGAACUACAGGCUCAGCUAGCGGAGAAGACGACUUUGCUGAGCGAGGCCCGGCUGAAGGAGCAGGGCUUUGUUGAAAGAAUUCACACGCUUGAGGACAAGAUUAAAUGUUUCCACCGGAGCACUGUUGUAACUCAUCUCGGGAGCACAUUCAAAGAUCCAGGAUUCAACAGCACUGAUCCGCUCUCAGAAGCCACUGAGAUGGAGUACCUGAGGAAGGUGCUGUUUGAAUACAUGAUGGGACGGGAAACAAAAACGAUGGCCAAAGUGAUUACCUCCAUGCUCAAGUUUCCUCCAGACCAGGCACAAAAGGUGUUGGACAAAGAAGACUCAAAAGCAAUUCCUUGGUUACGAUGAGCGUCUGAAUGAUUUAUGUACUAUGGGAUAAAAAUCUGCUGCUACUGCUGCUGAAGGGAAGACUGCCAUGGAUUUGAUGAAGCCCUUCUCUCUGCAUUUCAUGUCAUUUUAAUGCGUAUGUGGGUGUGUGUAUGUGUGUUUGAGCACACGCUGGGACAUAUAUGUGUGUGUGUGUGGACGUGUGUGGACGUGUGUGUGGACGUGAGUAUAUCUAAAGGUAUGAGGGAAUUAGAAAAUAUGCCAGAAACACAAAUCUUCCAUGAAUCCAGUUUUACUCGGAAAAGAAAUUAGUUAAUUUAUAUGUUUUAGUUGAAGUUAAAUUGUUUUCUUUUUAUGUUAGAAUGUGUUUAUACAGAUUGGCUCGUGCAAUAAAUUAUAUCAUUAUCACAUAUUGAUGCUGACAGGUCAGUUGAUUUAUAGGUUUCUGUGUUGUGCUGUUGUCUGAAUCACUUCCUCUGUAAGACUGUAAACGACCCUUUAACUGUGCACUCGCACCACAUUAAGAUAUACUGGCCUCUGGACCUUGUUUGUCUAACACAGCUUUUCUAUGCUUUAUAUUUUGUCACUGACACUGACAUAGAAACACAAAAACAGAGACUGUAAAUUGUACUAUGAUAAUUAAAACUGUACUAUAGGGCACUAUAUGACUUGCUAUACAUUUUCAGACUAACAGAUUAAAUCUUAUUU